AUGAUCAAUUGCCUGCGCGCCCCAGUUCGCCGUCGCGCAGUGUUUCUAGCACGUCGUUUUGCCUCGACCGAGAGUCUGCAAUGGGCCACUGCCUUGAACCAACCGCUGUCGUCUAUGGACCCUGUGCUUUUUGACAUCAUUGAGCGCGAGAAGCAGCGUCAGCGGAACUGCAUCAGCCUCAUUGCGUCUGAAAACUGCACGUCCGUAGCAGUGCUGGAUGCGCUGGGCUCUGUCAUGUCGAACAAGUACUCGGAGGGCUAUCCAGGCCAGCGAUACUAUGGUGGCAACCAGAUCAUCGACCAGGCCGAAGAGCUCUGUCGCGCGCGUGCGCUCGAGGCGUUUGGGUUGGACCCCGAGCAGUGGGGAGUCAACGUCCAGUCGCUGUCCGGCUCCCCCGCGAACUUCCAAGUGUACACUGCUCUGCUGAACCCCCACGACCGGAUCAUGGCGCUGGAUUUGCCGCACGGUGGCCACUUGUCGCACGGGUACCAGCUUGGGCGGAAGAAGAUCUCGGCCACGUCGAUCUACUUUGAGAGCAUGCCGUACCGUCUGGACGAAACCACGGGUCUCAUUGACUACGACGGCCUCGAGAAGACGGCCGCGCUGUUCCGACCGAAGCUCAUUAUUGCAGGUACUAGUGCGUACUCGCGUCACAUUGAGUACGCGCGAAUGCGUGAGAUCUGUGACCAGCAGGAUGCUGUACUGCUUGCCGAUAUCGCCCACAUUAGCGGUUUGGUAGCGGCUGGUGUGGUGCCUUCGCCGUUUGAAUACGCGGACGUGGUGACCACGACGACCCACAAGUCGCUUCGUGGCCCGCGUGGAGCCAUGAUCUUUUACCGAAAGGGUCUGCAUCACGUGGACAAAAAGAGCGGGAAGGACGUCAUGUACGACCUGCAGCAGAAGAUUGACUUUGCCGUGUUUCCGGGUCUUCAGGGUGGGCCGCACAACCAUACGAUUGCUGCGUUGAGUACGGCCCUGCUACAAGCUCAAAGCCCCGAGUUCAAGGCGUACCAGUCGCAGGUGAUUGCAAACUCUCGUGCAUUAGUGGCUGAGCUGACGAAGCGUGGCUAUGUGAUUGUCUCGAACGGCACGGACAACCACUUGGCUCUGGUGGACGUGAAGAAGUCGCGCGGUGUGGAUGGCGCUCGCGUUGAGUUUGUGCUCGAGAGCACCAACAUGGUUGUGAACAAAAACACAGUGCCUGGUGACAAGAGCGCUUUCGUUCCGGGUGGCAUUCGGCUGGGCGCGCCUGCACUGACCACGCGCGGUUGCACUGAGGAAGACUUCGAGCAGGUGGCUGCUUUCCUGGACGAAGGCGUGACGCUGACAGCAGAGCUGAACGAGCAUGCUCGCGCCCAGGGUGUGACGAAAGUGAAGGACUUUAAGGCGUUUGUUGUGGAUGACGCAAAGGCUAUGGAGAAGAUGGACGAGCUGAAGCGCAACGUGACUGCAUUUGUCCGGCAGUUCCCGACCAUUGGCUUCAGCGAAGACGACAUGAAAUACAAGGACUAG